AUGAAAAUUCUACCAGAUGACUCCCCUGUUUCAAGAGAUGGAGUAGAAACUUUCUCAGCAAUAUCAAAUUCCAGAAAUUUGGUGUAUUUUUGGAGUCUUCCUAACUGUGCUGGAAAUCAGCUGAGAAAUGUAACUCGCAAACUUGAAUCCGAUCUUCAUAGCAGUAAGAAGCGAUUUGCAGAACUUGCUGAGCAGUGUGAAUCGUUAAAGAAGGGGCGAGAGGCAUCUGAUGAAAGAGAGGUGGCUUUAAAUGAGUUGAAAUCCAUUCAGCAAAAGCAUACUGAGCUGAAGGAAGAAAUGGAACAAUAUGCGGACAAUGAUCCAGCUGCCUUUGAAGCAAUGAGUUCAGACUUUCUUCUUAGGCCUAAACUCUAGAUACUGUUAAUUGAGAUUAACUGCUUGAUACUAGAUAGCUUCUUUGUUAUGCAUACUAAUUGUAGUUAUUACACCGGUAGGAAGUGCAAUUGAAGUUGCUCAUUCAGCAGCUAACAGAUGGACAGGUAUUUAAUUCAUGCAUUGUUUCUUUUUAGCAAAUUUUAAGCCCAGUUUUUCCCACUAAGAAUAAGUUGAUGACCCUGUAUAACCAUAUUUAUUCUCUUUUCUUCUUAAAGCUUCUUCUUUUGUAGUUACUUUAUUUUCGUAGGCCAAAGAGUUCAUUGGAUUUGAUUUGAUUAUGUCAGUGCAAGGUUGGA